AUGUUGGGAGUACUCGCAAGCUACAGCAUAACGGUUAAAGAAUUGAAAUUACUUUUCGGAGCUAUGAAAGCUCACAAUGGAAAAUGGCCUCGUCACUCUGCAAAACUUUUAAACGUUUUACGUCAAAUGCCGCACAGGAACGGACCGGAUGUUUUUUUCAGUUUUCCGGGAAGGAAAGGAUCGGCGAUUGUGCUGCCACCACUGGCUAGGUGGCCAUACGAAAACGGUUUUACUUUCACUACCUGGUUCAGGCUCGAUCCGAUCAAUUCGGUUAACAUCGAAAGAGAAAAACCUUAUUUGUAUUGUUUCAAAACGAGUAAAGGAGUCGGUUAUUCAGCUCAUUUCGUUGGAAAUUGUCUUGUUUUAACAUCAAUGAAAGUCAAAGGAAAAGGUUUUCAACAUUGCGUCAAAUAUGAAUUUCAACCUAGGAAAUGGUACAUGAUAGCCGUCGUUUACAUAUACAACAGAUGGACGAAAAGCGAAAUAAAAUGUCUCGUCAACGGUCAGCUAGCAUCGAGUACGGAAAUGGUUUGGUUCGUAUCGACGAACGACCCCUACGACAAAUGUUACAUCGGAGCAACGCCAGAAUUGGACGAAGAAAGAGUUUUCUGCGGUCAAAUGGCGGCAAUUUAUCUUUUUUCCGAGGCUCUCAACACGCAGCAAAUCUGCGCCAUGCAUCGCCUCGGUCCGGGAUACAAAAGCCAAUUCCGUUUCGACAACGAGUGCACUUUAAGCCUUCCCGAUAAUCACAAAAGGGUGAGUGGGGAUCUUCUUAUGAGUCCGUAUACGACAGUAGGAGAGCUUGAAAAUCCCGAACUACGAAAUGCAUUGUUGUGCCCGCUUGUUGUUUUAGAUGAAGCUUCAAAAAGUGUAUUAUACGAUGGAAAAUUAUCGUCGGCCAUUGUUUUCAUGUACAAUCCGGUCGCAACGGAUGGUCAAUUGUGCUUGCAAGCAGCUCCAAAAGGAAAUGUGUCUUAUUUUGUACAUACACCUCACGCUCUCAUGCUUCAAGUGACCAUAAUUACCCAUUCCAUCCACAGCACGCUCAAUUCUAUCGGUGGCAUUCAAGUAUUGUUUCCAUUAUUUUCGCAACUUGAUCUCCCAUACGAUUCCAAACGCGAUUCGUCACUUUGCUUUAAAUUGUUAGGAUUUAUAUGCGAAUUAGUUGAAAGUUCACACACAGUUCAACAGCACAUGAUUCAAAACAGAGGUUUCUUAGUUAUCAGUUACAUGUUGCAACGUUCUUCGCGACAGCAUUUAACAAUCGAAGUUUUAGAUUCUUUCCUCAACUUGACGAAAUAUCUUGUGACUUGUUUGAGUUCCAAUAACGAACUCUUACUCAAACAGUUAUUUUGUUUUUCAUUUUUAACGUGGCAGUUAUUAGAUCAUGUUUUAUUUAAUCCCGCACUGUGGAUAUACACCCCGGCACCCGUCCAAACAAGGCUGUAUUCUUAUUUGGCAACCGAAUUCUUAGCGGACACGCAAAUUUAUUCAAACGUUCGAAGAGUAUCGACAGUAUUACAAACGGUUCACACGCUAAAGUAUUACUAUUGGGUUGUUAAUCCCAGAGCCAAAAGCGGAAUCACUCCCAAGGGUCUGGAUGGUCCCAGACCUCCUCAAAAAGACAUUCUCGCUAUUCGAGCUUAUAUUUUAUUGUUUUUAAAACAAUUAGUCAUGCUUGGCAACGGUGUCAAAGAUGACGAAUUACAAAGUAUUUUAAAUUAUUUAACUACGAUGCACGAAGAUGAAAAUUUACACGACGUCCUGCAAAUGUUGAUCUCGUUGAUGUCGGAACAUCCGGCUGCCAUGGUACCUGCUUUUGAUGCUAAACAAGGAGUUCGAACGGUUUUUAAACUUUUAGCUUCCGAGAGUCAACUCAUACGAUUGCAAGCUUUGAAACUUUUGGGAUUUUUCCUCAGCAGAUCUACUCAUAAGAAGUACGACGUUAUGAGUCCGUUCAAUUUAUACACUUUACUAGCAGAGCAAUUAUUGGUAAACGAUGAAGUUUUAACUUUGCCCACUUACAACGUUCUCUACGAAAUCAUGACCGAACACAUAAGCCAACAGAUUUUAUAUACGAGACACAGUGAACCGGAAUCGCAUUUUCUGAUUCUUAAAGUUGUCGCGACGUUGAUUCGUCAAUCCAAACAAUCGGAGCAAUUAUUGGAAGUGAAAAAAUUAUUCUUAUCCGAUAUGACUUUGCUUUGCAAUAACAAUCGUGAAAACAGGAGAACGGUUUUGCAAAUGUCCGUUUGGCAAGAAUGGCUCAUAGCAAUGGCUUACAUUCAUCCGAAAACGUCAGAAGAGCAAAAAAUAUCGGAUAUGGUUUAUUCGUUGUUUCGGUUGUUGUUGCAUCACGCAAUCAAACACGAAUACGGCGGAUGGAGAGUUUGGGUCGAUACAUUGGCCAUCGUUCAUUCAAAGGUAUCCUACGAAGAAUUCAAACUUCAAUUUGCACAAAUGUACGAACAUUACGAAAAGCAAAGGUCGGAUAACAUAACCGAUCCGGCCGUUAGACAACAGAGACCCAUAAGCACAAUAUCCGGUUGGGAUCAACAACAAAGUGCUCAGGGAAGUAACAAUUUUCAACAACCCGGAUGGAGUAACAAUCCCGAUGCUGAAAAUAAGAUGGCAAAAGGAAAUGAAAUAUGCAAUUGCGAAAUGAAUGCAGAAAACGGUUUGAUACCUUCCGCGUACGUGGAAAAAUCACAGCAGCCUUCUUUACUCGAAACGGCGGAAGAAUCGUUCGCGGAUAAUUUAAACAAAACGACCGGAAAAUCUUUUCGCGAAAAUUCUCCGAACGAAAAAAAUUCAAAUUCGGAAAAAAUCGUUAAAACUCCUGACGACGACGACGAUAACGAAAUAGAAAAGGAUAAAGAUGUAAAUUUGUCUUCUGAUAUCCUCAAAACUAACAAUUACACUCACGAAAAUGAUAAAAAAGAAACGGAUACGGAAGUUAAAAGAGAACCGUUACUUCUCGAUUCCGUUGAUGUUGAAAAAGAAAUGAAAGAAACAAAGAAUGAUGAUUCCGAGGACGUUUCUUUACCCGAAGUAAAAUUAGGAAAUGACGAUGAUGAAACGGAAACGGAAAUAAUCGAAAUGGAUGACAGUUCGCAAAUAGUUCGAGAAGUCAUUAGUGAUAUAAUACAAAACAUAACGGAAAAUUUCGAAUGCAAUUCGAUCAAAUCCGUUCCUGCGGAUUUAGACGUGUCAGAAACGUUUUGUUGCGAUUCCGAUGACACGACAUUGACUCCGGAAAAUGAUAAAAUAACGACACCGGAAAAUUGCACAAACGUCAAAGAAGAAACUAUGAAUUCAAACGGUUUAGAAAAUCCAUCUAGUCCAUCGAUUAAUGAUAAUAAUUGUUGUAAAGAAACAAUAGAAGAAGAAAAAGGAAAAAUUGUCGACAGCGCCGUCACUGUUAUAGAUAAUUUAGUGCAAUUAUCAGAAAAAAAAAAUUCAGAUUUGCCGUCCAAUGGAGAAGAAACAUUGAAUGAAAAUAAUUGUUCGAAUCAUAAUGGUUCGCCGAAAGGAGAACAACAACAACAACAAUCACAACAACCGGAGGGAAUGAGAAAAAGUGAAUUUAUGUCGAGCGGUGUUACGGAUACGACGUCUCUCACUUUCGAAGAAAAUGUUAACUUUUCCGAAAAUGAAGUCAUUAUAAAAAGUGGAUAUUAUGGUGGAGGAGGAGGUAGUGGUGGUGGUGGUUACGAGGAAUGUAAUAAAGAAGAAGAAGAAGAAAAAAUUCAAGAAAAUAUUCAAGAAAGAGAUUUUAACGAUGGCGGUGAAAGAAAUUUAAAUUCGAGCACGAGCACUCAAGUUGAUCCAACUCAAUUUGAGCCUUAUUCAAAGUCUGGAUCGCGUCACAUGUUUUCACCCGGUCCGACGAGGCCACCGUUUCGAAUUCCCGAAUUUAAAUGGUCGUACAUUCAUCAACGUUUGCUUUCCGACGUUCUUUUCUCAUUAGAAACGGAUAUACAAGUUUGGAGGAGUCAUUCGACCAAAUCCGUUUUGGAAUUCGUCAACAGCGGAGAAAACGCCAUAUUUGUUGUGAACACCGUUCACUUGAUAUCGCAAUUGGCGGAUAAUUUGAUAAUAGCAUGCGGAGGAUUGUUGCCCCUCUUGGCGAGCGCAACGAGUCCCAACAGCGAACUCGACGUUAUGGAACCCACGCAGGGAAUGCCCAUAGAAGUCGCGGUUUCGUUUCUACAAAGACUCGUGAGCAUGGCCGACAUGCUCAUAUUUGCAUCAUCGCUUAAUUUCGGAGAGUUGGAAGCCGAGAAAAACAUGUCGAGCGGCGGGAUAUUGAGACAGUGUUUAAGAUUGGUUUGCACAUGCGCCGUGAGAAAUUGUUUGGAAUGCAAGGAAAGAAUCAGAAAAUUUUCUGCCUUACCACCCUUAGAUUCUCAAAGCAAAAUUCAUUCUCUUAUUCGGGGAGCUCAAACGACAUCGAAAAAUCUCGUGGAUAACGUGACGACGCAAUCGAGUCCAGUUAAAGACCCCGAUAAAUUACUUCAAGACAUGGACGUUAACCGUCUCAGAGCGGUCAUAUAUCGCGACAUGGAAGAAACCAAGCAAGCACAAUUUUUAUCUCUCGCCAUUGUUUAUUUCAUAACCGUUCUCAUGGUGUCCAAAUACAGAGAUAUUUUAGAACCACCGGUUUCGAUCAGGGGCGAACCUAGUCCGCCACCCAUACCGCCGGCCGAAGAAUCUACAUCUUCAGAAAACGGAUCUCGACCGUUGUUUCAUCAGUGGUCCCAUCAUGUUUACCCACAAUUUCUACCGGGUACUCAUCAACAUCCUUCUUCUUUUCCUCCCAGACCCCAGCCUCCCAGGAGUAAUAUCGUUAUUAAAAAUAACACCUCGAGGCAUAUUAGACCGAAUCAUCAAGUUACAAACGCCAACAAACUGGGGGGUUGCGAAGAAGAAAGCGAAUACGAAGUCAUUGUCGUCGGUGAAAAUAAUCCGUCGGUAUUAGCUGAUCACGAAACAAACGCUCCCGCAGCAACAAACGGUCCAUCAUCGAUUCGGCAAUUGCCUUGUAAUAGGCAAAGAUCGUCUGCAAUUAAUCACGGUUGUUACGAAAUGGAAUCAAGUUUGAGGCCCAUUUCCCAAACAGAUCGCAAUGGAGAAGACAUUGGGGAAGAGUCAAGAGGUUGUUCUUCUUCAUCGACGAGAGUCGAAAUCGAAAGGAAUUCAGAUAUGGAAUCGAAUAUGGAAAACGGGAGUGGGAAAAAAUCGGGGAAUGAAGACACGUGGACGGACGUUAAUUUAAACGACGAUGGAGAUGUAAAUAAUAAAAAUGUGAAAAACAUGUCUUUGAAUCACGUGCACGGAAUGGACAACAUGGAUGGAAAUAUGCAAGGAGUCGUUAACGAAAGAGGAGAAAAACCAAAACAGGAAAUUUCGGUCGUUCGAAUACCGAGCGAAUAUCAUUCCUCACAUUCCACCUCGAGUCCGGAAGAUUUAGCCAUCAAGAAUUUGGUCGAUCAUCUUCCCAUUCCCACACCGUCAAGAGAAGCAUCAUUGACGCAAAAAUUAGAAACGGCUUUGGGUUCCGUUUGCCCUCUACUAAGAGAAAUAAUGAUCGAUUUCGCAUCGUUUCUAUCGAAAACGUUGGUCGGUUCUCACGGUCAAGAAUUAUUAAUGGAAGGAAAGGGUUUGACCACUUUUAAAAACAGCACGAGCGUCGUCGAAUUGGUCAUGCUUUUGUGCUCGCAAGAAUGGCAAAAUUCCCUUCAAAAACACGCGGGUUUGGCUUUCAUUGAAUUGAUCAACGAGGGUAGACUUUUGUCCCACGCCAUGAAAGAUCACAUAGUUCGAGUUGCCAACGAAGCCGAAUUCAUAUUGAACCGAAUGAGAGCCGACGACGUUCUCAAACAUGCCGAUUUUGAAACCCAAUGCGCUCAAACACUUCUCGAAAGGAGAGAAGAAGAAAGGAUGUGCGACCAUUUGAUAACGGCUGCGAGAAGACGGGACAACGUAAUCGCAUCGAGACUUUUAGAAAAAAUUAAAAACAUUAUGAGUAAUAAAUACGGAGCGUGGGGUUGCAUGGAUUCACACGUCACGAAAAGUGUAGAGUUUUGGAAAUUGGAUGCGUGGGAAGACGAUGCGAGACGACGAAAACGUUUUGUUCACAAUCCUCUCGGUUCGAGUCAUCCCGAAGCGACGUUGAAAGCCGCGCUCGAACACGGUGCUCCAGAGGAUGCAAUCCUACAGGCCCGUGAAGAAUUUCACGCUCAACUUGCCGCUUCUCGCUCGCAGCAACAGCACAUACAAUCCUCGGAUUUGAUGGACGACAGCGAACUUUUAACCGACGAUAGAGAUUUGGAUGCCGAUCUGGCUGGUCCGGUAAAUAUAAGCACGAAAGCGAAAUUGAUAGCACCCGGUAUCGUUGCUCCGGGUGUCGUGUCCAUCACGACGAUGGAAUUGUAUUUUGAAGUUGACGAAGACGACGAAGAAUAUAAAAAAAUCAACACGGAGGUGAGUUUAUUAAUUUAUUUUUUAUUUUAUUUUAUCGCUUUUAUUUCGAUCGAUUCCAAAAUACUAAAAGAUAAUUUACGAUCCCAAGUCUUUAAAAUAUUACGAGUAGAUAGACGUAUAUAUAACACUCGUUGGAUUUUAAAAACAUAA